AAAGCCGACAGACAAAUACAUGUUGGAUGCGAGGUCAACACCUUGUCAAAUAACGGUGCAGCGGGAAACAGUCGAGGUGCAGGAGAUCGGGCACAACAGCAGAUAAUACAACGGCACGAUGUCGACCCAGAGCCGUUCUGGGACCCUGGAUGCAGCUUCAUUUUAGGGCGCAGAACGUUUGUGGGCUAACGGCGUGGACGGCACAGGCGAUGCAAAUACGGGAAGAUCAUGUCUCCAUCGAAGAUGACCGGGGGGGGGUGGGUGGAGAGUUUGUGAUAAUAGGGUGUGGUGUUGGAGGAGCCAAAGGGAUGGGGGUUGGGCUGUGGUUAGAGUGGAAGCAUGGGAUCAUCAGCAUCAGCAUCAUCGUCGUCGUCGUCGUCGUCCUUCUUUCUUUCUUUACACCAACUGUCGCUGGUGACCCGGCUUCAGGGGACGUUUAGUUAGCGUCGUUACUAAAGAAGGGACUUGAGACUCUUUAGGUAAAAGUACCAC